AUGGAGAGCCAAGCCUGUUGCGAACACGAUGAUGUACCAGGAAUUCGGCUUAUCAUUUUGAAUCUUCCUGAAGACGAAGGCGAGGGUUUGGGUUUUCGUCUAACGAGGACCUUAUGGGACCCUUAUCCAUGGGUUCAUGAUGUGACAUCAGGAUCCAGGGCUGAGAGUGCCGGUUUGAAAGCCGGGGAUUGCCUGUUACAAGCGGAUGGAAAGGAUUUAUUGGGGUUGCCAGUUGGCCAAGUGGCGGGAAUUAUGAUAAUUGCUCUGUAUAAAAAAGCGAAUAGAAUAUGA